AUGCUUGAGAAGAAGCCUGAUGAACUUUUAGAGCAUGGCCGAGUGAGCAAAGAAAAGUUUUUAGAACGACACAUGGAAUUAGUUGCAUCGUCAAAGAAUCUGGAUGGAGCACCGAUGCGGGAUGCAGAAUAUGAGGCGGAGUCAAGUCAAGAGGAGCUGACUAGCCACAACAGGGAGCAAUUGGACCAAGCAGCAUUUGAAGGUGGAGUGGUGGACGCAAUUAAAACGGCGCAUCAAUUGUGUUCAGCAUACCAAAUCAAGAAUUGCAACGACGUUGGCUGUAUCGUACUUUUACCGAUGGACAGGGACGUUGCUGACGUUUUCGCUUGGACAUUGGAGAUGGUUUGGGUCAACCCGUAUAAGAACGACAUUACUGCAGCUCUAGCGGCGCCGGAGCUGUGUGAAUGUCGAUUGCAUCCGUCUGCAACUGCUGCGGUUUUGGAGUACCUUAAGCGUACGUCAAAGGAGAUCAAACUUGCCGCUGUUGGACUACUAGGUGCCAGCGAGGUCGACCACAAGGCGCUGUCGCUUGUGCUGAUAGAAAGACACAAAGGCAAACAAAUUUUGGACCGACAUUUGCUUCUGCGGAGACCGUCGUGA